CUAAACAGGUUGCGCGUUACAACCGUGGCCUUUGGUUUAAAACGGGAAAAUAAUCUAACUUUUCUUAUUCAAAAGACGUCAAAUCGUUCUUUUUUGUGCCAAUGUUGCUCUAAAGUUCCCACAUUUCAAGCUGAAAUUGGACGUAGAGGUUGCACCUUUGCGCAGAGGCUGGUUUUUACACUGAGAGGCUCCUCUGGGUGCACAAAGACAGCGGCUCGCAGAGGAACUUGUUCAGAGUGAACCGGGGACGCUGGGAGGCGAAAUAAACAAUCUCCGGACUCGAAGUAGCUACGAACGCGUAGUUUUACCCUCUCAAACACUCAAUUACACCACCCAUCGAACCUAGACAAGAAUGUUGCUGAGACGGAGAUGGAGGAAGGCCAGACCCAGCCAGACCCCCCGCGGCCACCACAGGAGCCCAAAGGAGGAGACCAGCCCUCCGAACCGGCCCCGCUCCAGACCCCCGCUCCAGAGGAGGCUCCGUCGGAGGGCUCGGACCAGAAGGAGCCACCGGGAGACGAGGAGGAAACGGGCGACUCAGCGUCCCAGCUCCAAGCCAAGCCUCUGUGGAAGCCCAUCCCCCCUCUCCUGCCCGAGUCCAACAUGAGUGAGAACGGAAGGACCAGGGACCAGAUCUGCCAGACUGACGGCAGCGAGGGUCACAACUCAGGCCUGUGUGCGGAGCCCGGAGAUCCUCCUCUUCUCCAGCAGCCUCUGCAGACCUCCAAGUCAGGGAUCCAGCAGAUCAUUGAAUGCUUCCGUUCAGGCACGAGCCAGCUGAGACACAUGCUGCUGAGGGAGGUGGACACCAUCUUUGAGUGUAAACUGUGUCGCAGUCUGUUCAGAGGCCUGCCCAACCUCAUCACACACAAAGAGUACUACUGCCUGUCACGGAUGCCCGAGCCCGACGGUCCGUCGGGUGAUGACAAGCAGAGUGUGGCCAUGAAGGAAUUACUGGACGUCAUUUACCCCCGAGCUCCAGACUACGUGGUCCGACUGGAGCCCAUUCAGACCAGCAACAAGGCCGUGUUCCAGUACCUCACCACCGAGGAGGAGCUGGCUAGAUUUCCAUCGCAGACACCCAGUGCUAGAGAGAGUCCGGUAGCGUGGGAGGGAGAGCAGGGGGAGGGAGUCGACAACAGCCAGGCGAGCCAGCCGGAGAGCCACAGCAGCCCGGGACACACUCAGGAUAAGAAGAAGUGGGAGGGGGAGGAGGAGGCCAAAGAAGAGCCGCCGCCACCACCCGAAGACGAGGGCUCCACCAGCGGGGUGGACGAUGUGACCAUCUCCUGCUGCCUGUGCGGUCAGGACUUCAACUCGCGCCGCAGCAUCCGGCGUCACUGUCGCAAGAUGCACCAGAGCAAACUGGACGAACUCCGGAAGUUCACCGAGACACGGACUGUUCCCACCAGCCUGCUCUCCAUGGUGAAAGGUCGGCCGAGGACUCUCAGCACACCGACCGGAAAGUCCUGUCCUGUCUGCAUGAAAACCUUCGCCACCAAAGCCAACGUGCGGCGUCACUUCGACGAGGUGCACCGCGGCCUGCGGAGGGAUAACAUCACUCCCAACAUAGCAUCUCGCCCCGGACAGCCCCUCAAUCUGGAGGUCACCCCCCCCAGGAAGAGCAACAACUCCUCUCCGACUCGUAGCAGCAGCUCCAAGUCGACCCCUGUGACCUCUAAAACUCCGCCUCCCAGCCAAACCCAGUCCAAAGCUCCGAGCACGCCCCCCGCCUCGUCACAGGCGGCCCCUUCCUCCAGCCGCUGCACGCUCUGCAAGAGGAACUACAGCUCUCAGCUCAUGUUGAAGAGACACAUGCGCAUCGUCCACAAAAUAUACAGCAUGAAAAACGUUCGCUCUGCCCCGCCGCCCGCCCCCCCCGCUCCGGCGGCCCCGCCUCCGAGCAGCAGCGCUAACUCCACCACGAGCAACAACGUCAGGGUGAAAGAGGAAGCAGUAGAAGCCUCAGAUGAAGAGGAAGAGGAGGAGGAGGAGGAGGAAGAAGAAGAAGAGGAGGAAGUGGACACUAGUCCGGCCCCGUCUCCUAGCAACAGCACCGCGACAGCUAAAGGUGUCCCUGUGGCGAACAACGCCAUGAAAGUGAAGGAGGAGGAGGCGCCGUCGAGCCCGAAGGUGGCGUCAUUAUCUUCGUCAUCCUCACGCGGCACCGGACCCUCCAAAACCCCCAAACUGUCGGUGGGCUUCGACUUCAAGCAGCUCUUCUGCAAACUGUGCAAGCGGCAGUUCAGCUCCCGGCAGAACCUCACGAAGCACAUCGAGCUGCACACGGACGGCAACGAGAUCUUCAUCAAGUUCUACCGCUGCCCGCUCUGCCGCUACGAGUCUCGCCGCAAACGGGACGUCCUGCGCCACGUGACGGUGGUCCACAAGAAGUCCUCGGCGUACCUGGGCAAGAUCAUGCCCAAACUGGAGAGCCGGGCGGUGAAGAGGCAGGCCGAAGUGGUCCUGAACAGCGGGACCCCCAACAAGAGGAUCGGCAGCAGCGGGGUCAAGGAGGAAGUGAACGGGCGCCCCCCUUCUUCCUCCCCCUCUUCCUCCCCUUCGCCUCCCAUCACUCGCAAGCAGGAGGUCUCCACACCUGCAACAACCUCCUCCUCUUCAUCGUCUUCCUCCUCGCACCCCGCCCCCGCCACUCGCAAACAACAGGAAGUGUCAUCGCCGGCGUUAAGCCCCUCCCCUCCCCUCACCCGUAAGCAGGAGAGACAGCAGACCCACCAGCCUCGCCCCGUCAGCCCCCCGCUGACCCGCCGCAGUGAGAAACACACACACCAACGCAGCUCCUACUCCAACAGCUCGCCCGGCAACCAGACGCCACACACCCGGCAACACGACAGCCAAUCAGAGUGCAGCGGCUCGUCGUCCUCCACCGAAGUCAGAGUGACCAAGAACUUCUCCCUGCACGCCUGCGACCAGUGCGGGCGAGCCUUCGCCAAGAAGCUGUACCUGGAGUCUCACAAGCGAAGCCAUCGUAACGCAGUGACGGCGGCGGCCAGCAGGAGGAAAGGAGUCAGCACCCGCUCCAAAUCCCUGGUCUGGUGAAACACUCGUCUGCAGGGAUAAGGCCGCUAACAAUGAAGGAGCCAAUCAAAACUCUCAACGGGAAUAUAAUGGAUGAAUGGAAGGAGCGCAAACCAACAGAAGGAGUGCACAGGAUUUCCACCUUUUGCUCGAGAACCAAAUAUAACGUUGGGAAUCUUGACAUUUAUUUUAGUGAAGUUUCAUCAGCCGCACAAAGCCGCUGCUAUCCACAGAGACUGUAGCAGACAGAGGAUUCAUUAUGCUGUACAUAUCUGUAUUUACUGAAUUAUCAGAGUCAUAUGCAGAUGGCUGAUUUCUACCGCUUUGCUCUCUGUAGUUGAAGGAUGGAGGGUGUGUGUGUGUGUGUGUGUGUGUGUGUGGAAGUCAGAACUGGAUUGCAACCUACAGAGAAAAUCAACUGGAAAGGAAAUUUGGACACACAUGUUUGGGUCCAACUUAUGUUUCGUGUCAUUAAGUUAUUUGAUACUCUCACAUCUACUUGCUCAACAGAUACACAUUUCUCUAUUCCAAUUUGAUUUACCUAACCUUUCCCCACUAACAAUUAAGGCUUGGAUAUUUCCCUUUACUUAAGAGACUUCCCCCAAGUGUUUCCUCUUGUAAGUCUUCACAUGGCUACAUGCUUACCUUGAACAUACGAGUUGAAAUAUUCUCUUCUAAACGUUGAUACUGACAAACCGUCGUAUCCAAAUUCCCGAAGUAAUCUUCAUGCAAGCAGCUCCGUAAACUGACUGACCUUAGUCACCAACAGGGAUUUGUUCAUUAAGAACAGGGUAUGGGUAAGUGAAGGGAACCCCAAAAUAUAUUCUUAGUUUCCCCUGAAUGAAUUGCUUGUGUGUGCUUUGAAAAACAAACGUCUGUCGAGAUGUAAAUUGUGUUUUCUUACAUGUCCCUGAAUGUUCGACUAAUAGCCUGGUUGUAAGAGAACUGUAAGGCAAUGUGAAGUGAGGAUUAGGUAACACUCCUACGGUGGCCCGCAGGUGCAAUCGCACGACAACGACCCAAAACACUUUCAUUAGGAGAAAACGCGCUGCCGUUUCAAAAACGAUGCAUAUAUAAAAACCGUGUCUAAACACAAGCAAACAUGACUUUAUAAUAGCCAACUUUAUAAUCCCUGAAUGUCAGCAAGCGCUCGUGUUUUUCAGCUUUUUAGUGUCCCUGUUUUCGUUGUAUUUUGAGCGUUAUCUGCACGUCUUUUGACACAAUUGUGUUUUUAAAUAUGCAUCGUUUUUGAAUGAUGGGAAGGGAGGGAAGCAUUUCGAGGAAAAGUGACACCUUUACUCAACAAAAAUCCAACAAACUGCACUCAGUAUGAUGAUUUGAAACAUAGAAAUAUGCUUUGUUUUAUGCUUGAAGAUUAAAUCAAAUACAUUUUCUUCCAAAUGAUUUAAUUAUACUUCAAUGUAACAACUCAGUUUAACUGUUGAAUCAAGGUGUGCUUCAUAACAUUUAAACUAUCAAAUGACCCCCCAUGUGGUGAAUUACCACUUCUAAUGUGUGAGAAUCUAAUAUAAGGUGAGCAGGAGAGAGGUGUUUCGGAUUGGUUGGUGUUGCAGGAACAUAGAAACAAUUAACUGGAAGAAUUGAAUUUCCGAGCAGCCGGUGUAGGAGCUUUGAACUGAUUGUUUGUGGUGUUAUAACGGGCCAACAUGUGUGAGAAAGCUACACACUUCUUGUCUCCAAAAGUAAAAAGUUUACAUUAAACUUUUCGUUCCUUUUACGAAAAAAAGACCAACUGGGAUUUCAACUUUGUGAACUUUUCUUUAAGCUUAAGGGGGCUGCGUUGUUUAACGGCAGCAACAGGAACCCCGAGGUAGUCUCUGAAAACACUGGCACGUGAGUUUGGUGGAAAGAAACGGAGGAAGACCAAAUGUAGAAAUGUUUUAAUGUCUUAAACGGAAAGCCAUGAAAAGGAUCAAAACCAGUGGGAAAGGAAAGACCAAACUUUAUUUUUAUAAACGCUACUGCAACAAGGUCUUAUCUUGGUAUAAAUAAUAGUUCUAAUAUUCAGAGUAGUUAUCGACUUGAACUUAACUGUUGGUUGACCAUGCGCUUCAAACAUAGUUACUUCUGUCACUGUUUCAUACUGUUUGUGUUUCACAUUAAAUGUCUUUUUUUUGUAUUUCAUUCCUUUUUUGUUAGAAAUGAACUUUAAUCGAACCUCACGAGGACAUGUUGUAAACUUCUCAUUUCCUCAUCAGCUGUACUAUGUUAUUAGAGAAGCCUUCAGAUGUGACAGGAAUGUUAAAACCAACCACUUAAUGAAUAAAAAUUAACUGCUUCAAACCUCA